AAGGAGAAAGCCCGGAACUACGGAACGGCGCGAUAGAAAGCCCCUGCAUAAGAUUCGUGGUGAACGAGUGUUUGGAUUACUUUACUCUUGGUAAAGGUACAGCAAAACCAUGGAGUGGCUGUUUGGAAAGCGAAUGACGCCGGACGAGAUGAUGCGAAAGAACCAGCGGGCGCUGAACAAGGCGAUGCGCGACCUGGACCGGGAAAAGAUGAAAAUGGAGCAGCAAGAGAAGAAAAUCAUCGCCGACAUCAAGAAGCUGGCGAAGGAGAACCAGAUGGACGCGGUGAAGAUCAUGGCCAAGGAUUUGGUGCGAACGCGCCGCUACGUGCGCAAGUUUAUGCUGAUGAAGGCCAACAUUCAGGCGGUGUCGCCCAAGAUACAGACGCUCAAAUCGCAGAAUGCCAUGGGCGAAGCGAUGAAGGGCGUUACCAAGGCGAUGACCAACAUGAACCGCCAGCUCAACCUGCCACAGAUCCAGAAGAUACUGCACGAGUUUGAGAAGCAAUCGGAGAUCAUGGACAUGAAGGAGGAGAUGAUCAACGACGCCAUGGACGACGCGAUGGAGGAUGAGGGCGACGAGGAGGAAACGGACGCCAUCGUGUCGCAGGUGCUGGACGAGCUGGGUCUGCAGCUCAACGAUCAGCUGUCCGGGUUGCCACAGGCUUCCGGUUCGCUGACGGUGAGCGGUGCCAAAGUUCCUCAAGCAGCCGCCGUCGGGGCAGCGGGUGGGUCGGGUGGUGGGGCAGGAUCGCCUGCGUCGGACACCGACGCCGAUCUACAGGCCCGGUUGGACAAUCUGAGACGCGAAUAGCGAGCGCCCUAGGAUCGUCGCUGCAGACGGCCUUCUCAUCAUGCUGCCUCUCGUACGCCUCACCCCGGGAUGCACCCGUACGGUCGCCACGGCUCCGCUUUGUUUGAGUGCUUUUUUGUUUUCUUUUUUGCUAACUUUAUACUUAAGCCCCUCCGUACCCUGAUCGAUGCUGCUUGACGUGUUUCCGAAUGAAACCCGCGUUCUGUGCGUGAAUGUAAAUAUGGGAAUAAUAAAUCAUACGUUACGUACGAUUUUACACCGUA